AUGAUUCUUUGGGAGGGUCGCCUUUGCCAUUAUUCAUGGCAGGUUGUUUGUCCAGCAGUGCUUUUUGCGCUUGUUUGCUUGGCAGACCUGGUGGCUGUUGUUGCUCCUUUGGAUGCUACCAGCCCCAGCAAACAUGCAAGCGAGUCACAAGCUCUUUCAGAGGAUGGUGCGCUUGCAGUUGGAGGCUCUCGUAACAACUGCCGUUCUGCGACAGCGGAGAUGCUGGUCAUCUCCAUGCAAGCUGUGCUCAGGGCCUCCUUGCUUGUAACCUUCCGACUGGCACAACGGCAGCGAUGUGCAAAGGUCCUACCGUGA